UCUAAAUCUAAAUGUUAAAUCUAUAUCUAAAUGUUAAAUCUAUAUCUAAAUGUUAAAUCUAAAUCUAAAUGUUAAAUCUAUAUCUAAAUGUUAAAUCUAAAUGUAAAUCUAAAUGUUGAGUUGACAUGUUAGACUCGAGGAUCGAACAUUCCCAUAUUUACGGUAAUUGUGUUCCCGUUGUGUAACAACGCAUGGAGAAAGCGCGGUAUUUUAGUCACUUCAUGCUGCAAGGCAAGAUGGCCAGUCCUGAACUAGCCCUUGUCAUAGAGCGAGCUGUUGCAGCUGGCGUUAGGGCGGCCCUCCAAGACCGACCGACGCCUACACCAGGAACAAGUCUCGUCGCAACAGACACCACAUCAUUGCCGUCGGUAUCAGCAGUGAUUUCAUCACCAAGUACAGCGACCACAUCACAGAGAUCGGUACCUCUUCCAUCUUUUCCCCAACGAAGUGGUGCAAGACCGGGGUUAAUAAGACGAAGACCUUACAAAACAUUCACAAAGGACAUUGUGUGUUUGCCUUGGUCGACAAACACAAUCUUCUCCAUACCAAGAGGAGACACCAGAACGAAAUUAGCGGAAGAUGGCCUCAUUGGCAAAAUAUCAUUUUCAUCCGAGUGGUCUGAAGUCCAAUUAAAAUUGGAAAUAACAGCCAUCUUUAGAGCCACGUUCGGAUUGUCGGAGAACCAGGAAUUCCCAUUUGAAUAUUUAUGCACCAUAAAGGGAUGUAAAAAACUGAUGAAACCCAAGGUCACCAACUCUUUUCCAUGGGGAGGAAAAGAAGUUGCGUCCAUCUGCUCAAACACAUGCCUGUACAUUUUAGCAGGAAUGCAGAGACCUGCCGAGGAGGAAUUUAUAGCAGUGUCUGAUGACAGUGACUUUGAAGAUCCUGCACCACGGAGAAGGAGAGCCCUGUGGAUUAUGAGGAAGAUGAAGCUGUGGAUGAGGCCAUAAGACGCAGUCUUUUGGAAGAGUCGGUCUUGCUUGAUUCAAGGUCUUCAGAAGUUUUGACCAGAGAAGAGAUAACUGGAAUUCUGAAAGCACAUGCCGAAAUGGUUGUUACCCCAACGCCGAGACCAAUCUUCAUAAGCCGGAGUAAUGUUUGGACCACUGCCUUUCGGCAAUUCAACAGACCCAGAUUUUCAGAGAGCUCUGGAAUGCUUUAUGUCACGUUUGCAAGUGAUGAAAUGGAGGAAGAUGCUGAAGAUUUGGGAGGGCCACGACGAGAGUUCUUUCGUUUGCUUGUGAGGGCUAUCUUCCAAGGCAGUGGAGCAUUUGAAGAGUCUCCCAACGGGUUUACUCCAAAGCUGAACAUAGCUCAUGUGCAAAACGGAGUGUACAGAACCAUUGGAAAGAUGAUGUCUACCAUAAUAGUCCAAGGUGGUGAACCACCAGCAUUCCUUGCACCACAUGUAGUGGACUACAUUGUGACUGAAGAUAUCCUGCAAGUACGUGUCACUCCUGAUGACAUAGCUGACGCGGAGUUAAGGGAUUCUCUGAAGAAGGUCAAACAAGCAAGCACAGUGGAUGAGCUAGAGGAAGCGCUGGACUGCUGUGACACAUGGAGAUUUCAGAUUGAGGGUCUUCCAAACCCAGUCACCAUGGACAGAAGAAAUGAAUUUAUUAGGAAUGCAACAUUGUAUCAUGUCAUCUUGCAUCAACAAAGUUGCUUCAAUCAACUGAUGGAUGGUCUAUCCUACUAUGGAGUACUUCCACUUCUGAGGGAACAUCGUAGCAUGAGAAUCUUUCUUGACAUGCCUGAGAAGAGAGAUGAGGUCACAGCAGAAGUUCUUGCUUGCCUCUUAAAGCCAAGCUACUCUGUCCUGGGCAGCGACAAAAGGCCAAAAGAGGAGCUCAUGGUUGUAAAGUUCAGAGAAUUUCUCCAGUGUGUGGAGAAUAAAGAGCUUGGUGAAAUCCUUGGGGCCAGAACACUGACUGAAGAAGAGAAGGACUUCGUUCAGAACUUGGGCCUCGGUCACAUCCUGGCUUUUGCAACAGGGAGCAGCAAAAUUCCAGCUGUUGGAUUCCAGCCAAAUCCCAAAAUCGUCUUCAUUCAUGACGAGAUUAAGCGUCAUCCGGUUGCGCACACCUGCUCAAAUGAGCUUCUCAUAUUUGUCAAUGCCAAAAACAUGGCUGAUGAUGAUGAAUUUGAGUACUGCUUUGUGGUGGCCCUGAUGAAUGGAGCCUUGUUUAGCACCAUUUAAGGAAACUUGUAGUGACGGCUCAUUGUCACACAUGGUUUAAGUGUGUUUCGACUACUGACCUGUCAACUGCAUUGUAUAUUUAUGUUCCAGUGGCUAUAGUUAACUUUACAAUGUUUAGGAUAACCUACAAAUGUUGCUGUGAUGGUUUUGUAGGAUAUGAUCCAAAUAAAGACUAGAUGUGAGCAGAAACUUUUUUUUUUAUUAAGGUUACACUCAAAGUAUCUGAAAAAUAAUGAUUCCAAAAAGGGUUAAAUUAAUUCAAAAUUCCAUCAAGAGAAGGAAAAACAAAACAAAUCAAAACUUAUCCCACAUGGGCACUUAACAGACUUUAGAUGACGACCAGACAGGGAACACAUGACACAACUUCAAUACCCGAGGGGAACCAAACAAGUAACAGUAGAAAAUAAGCAGACUGAUCAUAAUGAAGAGCAAAUAUAUCUGUUUCAUUGUCCAAGUCUAGCACAUUCA